AUGUCUGACAAGACGAAUCUUGAGGAGGACUAUAAUGCUCCUGCAUGCACAUUCCCCUUCUCAAAAAUGCAAACCAAGUCAGAAGAUCCCUCACACCCACGCAUGCCCCAAGCAAUAGCCCACCGCGGCUACAAAGCCAAGUUUCCCGAAAACACCCUCGCCGCCUUCGCCGGAGCCAUCUCCAUCGGCGCCCACGCAGUAGAAACAGACGUCCACAUCACCAAAGACGGCGUAGUGGUGCUCUCUCACGACAACACGCUAAACCGCUGUUUUGGCCGCCCGGAAAAGAUCAUCGAUUGCGAUUGGAGUUUUAUAGCGCCGUUGCUGACGACCGAAGAGCCGAAGCAACAUAUGCCUAGACUUUCCGAUUUAUUGGCAUUCCUGGCAGAAGAGGAAAGGAAAGAUAUUUGGGUGUUGCUGGAUAUCAAACUGGAUAACAAUCCUGAGGAUAUCAUCAGAUUGAUUGCUUCGACGAUUGCUGCAUCGCCUUGCUUGCCAUCGGCACCGUGGUCAUCACGGAUAGUGCUGGGUUGCUGGGCAGCAAAAUACAUCCCUCUGUGUGCGAAAUAUCUGCCUGGGUUCCCUUGCACGCACAUUGGCUUUUCGUUGUCUUAUGCAAGACAAUUCCUACACACGCCCAACGUCAGCUUCAACAUGCUGUUGCCUAUGCUGAUGGCACCCGGCGGCAAAUCCUUCCUUGCCGCUGCGAAGAAAGCACAAAAACCGGUUUUGGCAUGGACGGUCAACGAGACCAGCAAAAUGAAAUGGUGCAUUCGACGACAAUUAGACGGUGUGAUCACAGAUGAUCCAAAGCUCUUCUUGGAGGUAUGCAGGAAUUACGAUGCGAGGGAGAAAGAGCAAGGAUUCAGUCUCAGGACUUGGGUGGAUGUGCUCAGGGUUUGGGUGUUGGCGACGAUAUUCGGGUUCUUGUAUCGCAACAGGUUUGCGGGCAGGACAAAGAGUCAAGUGCAGGUUGUUUGA